UGCACCAAAUUGGUGUAAAUCACAAUUCAAAACAAACACCCUUUGCCGUUGAGCGACCUUCAUCUUCUCUCUCUCUCUUCCUGUCAACACAAGCAAUUCGGAUCACCCCAAUCACACCCUUCUUUUCUCUCCUCCAUUCAAACCCUCCAAUAUUUCAACAAAAAGACUCCAAAUUUAAACCCCACAAAUCAAAUUAACUUCCUUUCUUGUUCUUUUCCCAUCACAUUUCUUGCCAUUUGCUUGAACUCCCAACAAACCAACCCCACCUUUCAAGAUUCCCAAAACAACAAACCCUUUUGCCUAUUCUCCAAAUUUCCACCAUUCUUGACCUUAAUCUUGAAAAUUACCAAGUGGGUGUUGACAAAGAUUUGAUUUUUAGUGAAAAAGAUCAAAUCUUGGAUGUGGGUAAGAGUUGAUUGAUUAGUGUGUUUGAUGUUGGAGCUGUUUCUUGGUUCCAGAAAAUGGGAGGUGAAGACAAGAAUGAAGGUGAGAAAAGUGGGUUUGAAGAGAGUGGUGAUGAGAGAGAAAAUCAGGGUAGUAUGAAGAGGGUUGAAAGUGAGUCUUCUUUGUAUGAUGAUGAUGGUGAAGAUGGCGAAGGUAAUAAGAUUGAGUUGGGUCCUCAAUGUACACUCAAGGAACAGUUUGAGAAAGAUAAGGAUGAUGAGAGCUUGAGAAAAUGGAAGGAACAACUUCUUGGCAAUGUUGAUAUCAAUAAUGUUGGAGAAUCAUUGGAACCAGAUGUGAAGAUUCUUAGCCUUUCAAUAGUCUCUCCGGGACGAUCUGAUAUCAUUCUUCCCAUACCCGAAAGUGGCAAACCCGAAGGCCGUUGGUUUACUCUAAAAGAAGGUUGUCAUUACAACCUCAAGUUCUCCUUUCAAGUCAGCCAUAACAUUGUUGCAGGCCUCAAAUACACCAACAAUGUCUGGAAAACCGGUGUCAGAGUGUAUAACAUAAAGGAGAUGCUUGGAACAUUUAGUCCACAGCUUGAACCGUACACCUAUUUGACGCCUGAAGAGACCACCCCUUCUGGCUACUUCGCGAGAGGCUCGUACUCCGCUAAAAGCAGGUUUGUUGAUGAUGACAACAAGUGCUACUUGGAGAUCAACUAUUCUUUCGAUAUCCGAAAGGAUUGGGCCACUGCUGAGUGAUAAAAGACGAGAGUUUUUCAUAGUACAAUGUUAGAAAACCUUUUAAACAUGUUUCAAUUUCUUGGUGUGAUUUCUAGGCAAAUUCAAUUCUUGCGUUGAAGCCAUAAGCUGUUGAGCGAAAUAUUUGUUUUUUUUUUUCAUGUUUGUUUGGUCGAGUUAAUCGUCAAUAAAGAGGGGGAUUAUGGUUAGAUGUUCCUAAUUUUCCCUUUGUUUGAAGAUUUAAUUGAAGUUUCAUUGUUCUUGUUU